AUGGCUUUUCCGCAUCACACCACCAGCUACCAGCCCUGCGAAACGUUUUUCGUCGAGUCGACUGAGGAUCUUAACCCUCGUAUCGACCCCAAGGAGCAAGCCAAGCUCAUUGCCCGGGAAAGACAAUAUGCCAUUGCCGAGCAGCUCUCGACUUUGGCCAAGGAGGAGUAUCUAGAUGACUGCCUGUCUCACAUGCUUCAGAUGGAUACUGCUACCCUCCCUGACGUCGAGUCCAUUGACAUUCAAACCGAAAUCCAAUGGUUCAUGCGUCCCUACCUUCUCGAUUUCCUCAUUGAAGCACAUGCCGCCUUUCAGCUGCAGCCUUCCACGUUGUUUCUGACCAUCAACCUUCUCGACCGAUACUGCUCCAAACGUGUCGUGUACAAGCGUCAUUAUCAAUUGGUGGGCUGUUCAGCUCUGCUUAUCGCCGCCAAAUACGGCGACAAGAAGGAGCAUGUGCCGACUAUCAGAGAGCUCAAGUCUAUGUGCUGCUCGCUCUACGAUGAAGACAUGUUCCUACAAAUGGAGUGGCAUGUGCUGCAGACCCUCGGCUGGACCAUUGGGCACCCUACAGUGGAUAGCUUUCUCAACAUUGCUUUGGUAGACAAACCAUACGAUCCAGAAGUGGAGCACCUCGCCUUGUACAUACUUGAGAUCUCGCUUUUUCAUCGAGAAUUUGUCUCCCGGCCUUCUGCCGAUCUUGCCAAGGCCUCGCUUGCUCUUUCGCGUUGCAUCCUGAACCGACGCCAACCUCAUCACACGGAAUGGGCUUCGGACUAUGAUUCAGCCACAUUGGUUGGUCUGUCUCAGCAGCUGCAUCAACCGUCCCAGGUUCUGUACCGCAAAUACUCUUCUGGUCACUACUCGAGAAUCUCUAAGCUAUUAGAGCAAUUCCUGGCUCACCAAGCCGCCAUCGCCAGUGGUCACUGUGCACCACCUUCCCCUCCAACGGAAGUUCCUGCAGAGUCGAAGCCAUAUGCCGAGGAGGCUGGUCUUGCCACACCGCAGAAGCCACACAGCAACCAGCCUCAUGGUUACCUCACUCCUCCCAUUACCCCGGAAAACGAUGGAUUCAACAAUGGCAAUGCAACAAAAGUCGCCGGCAAUAUGUGCCCUGCAUCCCCUACUCCGCCACCAACAGUUUCGUUCAGCGACACGCAGAUGUACGAUGCAGAGGUUUAUGCCCAUUGCCAACCGUCACCUCAAUCGUCUCAUAUGGAUUGUACCCUUGCCUACUAG